AUGCAAGAAAACUUAAGUGGAGAUCUAGAAGAGGACGCAUCUCUGUUACGAACUACUGCUCUGAGUCUUAUUAGCGAAAUGGGUUGUGACGGCUAUGAACUUCCGGAAGCACUUUGCAGUGAGAUGUGCAGAUUUGGCGCUGCAGAGCUUCAUGUAGUUGCUGCUUUCGUUGGAGGAAUCGCAUCUCAAGAAGUAAUCAAGCUCAUCACGAAGCAAUUUGUUCCAAUGUUGGGAACUUACGUUUUCAACGGCAUUGAUCACAAUUCUCAGUUAUUGACAUUAUAG